AUGGAGGUUUUUAGAAAAAUGUGUGGGAAGAAAACUGAUGGUGGAAAUGUGAUUAAAGCUGAUGUGAUUCAUUUUAAUACUCUCAUCGAUGGGUUCUGCAAGGUGGGGAGGAUGAAAGAUGCAGAGGAUUUAUUGGCAAGGAUGAUAAAGGAAGGGACUUGUGCACCAGAUGAUAUCACUUACAAAUGCUUGAUUGAUGGGUAUUGCAGAGCGGGACAACGUGAGACGGCUAAAGAAGUCGGAUGGAGGAUGAUAGGUAUUUGA